GUUAAAGUUCUGGUUAUUGGAGAAGUGAGGUUAUAAGAAGAAAAAGUAAAUAAACAAGAACCAUCUUUGGUUGAAAUUAUGGAGGGUACCACUACCCUGUACCACGUUUAUUUCUCAUUUGGUUGUAGCAGAGGCAAGGGUGAGUACCACAAAAGUGUCGUUAGCAAAGUUAGAAAGUUAGAAAAUUUAAAAAAUGGAGAAUUAUAGAUAUCAGAUAGUAGUCAAUAUAGAAGGGGAGGACAAAACAAUUAUUGUGCCUGAUAUGGGGACUGCCCAACUUUUAUUGAAUGAUUCUGAUGCAGCAAGGGAAUUUUAUUAUUCCCAGAUUUCUCAAUCUCAGCUUGCAGAGAAUUUGGAGAGUGAAGCUUUUCAAACUCAGCAAUAUCAGGCAUCGAAUUUCGAAGAGCUUGAAGAUAAUUUGGAGAGUGAAGCUUUUCAAGAAGAUGAGGAGAAUGUUUUUACAAAUGAGGAAGGUGUGAUUUGGUUAAAAAAAAAAAACCUACUGAUACCGAUAUGGCCGCAACACAUCUCAUGUUGA